AUGGCUAAGCGAAACAUGCAUCAAGCGACCAUGCAAAGCAGUAAUUCCCCCCAACCAGCUUUACGCACCACCGACUCCCCGGAGGAAUCACCGGGGAACAAAGACAGUCCAGAGCCGAAGGAGGAGCUUUCUCCUGGGGCCGAACUAGCAGAAGAAGCCGUGGAAGGAAGCGAGGAACCCCGGGAUGAAAUGACCCUGGAUAUCAACAGCUUUAGGAAGCCUGGAGAGAAGACUUUCACUCAGAGAUCCCGGCUUUUUGUGGGGAACCUCCCGGUGGAUAUCCCCGAGGAAGAGUUCAAAGAUAUGUUUGCUAAAUAUGGAAAUAUCAGCGAGGUGUUUAUCAACAGAGAGAGGGGCUUCGGCUUCAUUCGCUUGGAAACACGGACACUAGCAGAGAUUGCUAAAUGUGAGUUGGAUGGGACUGUGAUGAACAAUCGACCAAUCAGGAUACGCUUUGCGACACACGGUUCUGCACUCACUGUACGCAACCUGUUACCUGCAGUGACCAAUGAGCUGCUAGAACAGGCGUUUUCUGAGUUUGGGCCGGUGGAACGGGCUAUCGUGGUGACGGAUGACCGCGGUCGUCCCACUGGGAGAGGCAUCGUGGAGUUUGCAAACAAAGCAGCUGCACGAAAAGCUCUGGAGCAAUGCACAGAGGGAGCGCUGCUGCUGACCAACACACCUUGUCCAGCCAUUGUGGAGCCCUCGGAGCACUUUGAUGAUGAGGAUGGACAGCCUGAGAAACUGCUGCACAAGACCGCAAAAUACUAUAAGGAACGAGAGCUGAAGCCACAUUUUGCUCAGCCGGGGACUUUUGAGUUUGAAUACUCGUCUCGCUGGAAAGCCCUUCAUGAGAUGGAGAAACAGCAGAAAGAGCAGGUGGACAAGAGCAUAAAGGAGGCCAAAGAGAAGCUGGAGGCCGAGCUGGAGUCGGCCAAACACGAACACCAGCUCAUGAUGAUGAGACAAGAUCUGAUGAGGCGCCAGGAGGAGCUGAGGAGGCUGGAGGAGCUUCGCAACCAGGAGCUGCAGAGACGACAGCAGAUAGAGAUGAGGCAUGAAGAGGAGAGGAGGAGGAGAGAGGAGGAGGCGAUGAGGCACAGAGAACAGGAGGAGCAGAGACGUCCAGCAGAGGGAUUCAAACCAAACUACCCGGACAACAGAGAACAGGAAAUGAGAGGAGGUGAACUGGGCCCUCGUGGAGCCGCUAAUAUGGGAGAUGGCUAUAACCAGGGCUCUCCGGGGGCCAAUGGUAACCAGGGUCAGAUGAUGGGAAUGAGUGGAAGGGGAGCAGCCAUUGGCCAAGAGGGAACGGCAAAUAUGGGGUCGCCAUUGAUGUCGGAGAACGGAGCAAUGCGGAACGAUAGGUUUCCGCAGGGAGGACAAAUAGGGGGUCGACCAGAAGUUGAGUCCCCAAAUCAGCCACAACAACAACAACAGCCAGUGGGCCCUCAGGCUUUUGAAGGACCAAAUAACAAACGACGCAGAUACUAACUCUUCCCAAACAUAGAGACAAUUUCCUUUUGUGACUGACAUAAAGCCAAUCCUAUUUCUCCGUUUCCACUCCACCCCCGUGGGAAAUGUUUCACCAACAAAAUGCACAUAUUUCUCACUAAAAGGCUUCUAUUUUGUGGAUGAAAUUCUUUUUAAAGACAGCAUAUGUUUUCUGAAUGAGACAGUUGGUGCUGUUUUGUCUGCUGAAUCUUAAAUGUAUUUAAAAGUAUUUUUCAAGAAGGUCCUUCGUGGGAAGAUGAAUGCUAUCGUUGCAUUUGAAAAGACAUUAGAAAACAAGAUUGCUGACAUUUUAAGUGUAAUAUUAUGGCGCGUUUCCACUGCAGGCCUCGCUCGGUUUGGUUAGGCCUUAUUCGGCCCGGCUCACUUUAAUGCUGCGCUUCCAUUACAGUUUAGGAACUGGGGCAGUUACUAUAGUAACGCAGUGUAGGCGGAGCCGUGACGUCAUCUUCAAUGAGCGCCCCAGAAAAACAACACAGCCGUUAGCUGUUAGCACUCAGAGCUCACAGCUCCUCAUAUCUGUUCAGAAACUAGACA